GGCCGUCGCCAGUCGCCAGUAACGGGAGACACUGGGACCUGCAGACCCACAUCGUGGGCGCGCACUGGGGCCCACCUGCUCGCGGAGCGGGCAACGCCAGGUGCCGCAGAGAGGAGCGAGGAGGGAAGCAGGGCCCGGGUGACAGCACAGAAAUGACAAAUAUUCAUUCCUGGCUGAAGCAGAAGAGACCAUUUUCUCCACAUUGACUGUUUGGCUUGGGAAUGACAUGUUGACCGGAGGUGGCAAAGGGGAGGCCCGACUCCAGAGAAAAGAAGGGGUGUGAGGGCCUGAGCUAUCGAGCAACGGGAGAGAAAACAAGUUGAUUUCUGGGCCCAGGGGGGCUCCUCGAGGCUUCUUCUGGGUAAAGGACUGGUCUUCUUGGACCUCAGAAGAUAGAGGAACCACAUCCUGGUCUCACCCGCCCACCGUUACCUUCCCACCAACCAUCUAAACCGCAUCCUCCCCUCACACACUGAGGUAACCAGAAAGCCGCCCUGUCUGGCCUCCUAGAAGCGCGGACUUCCAUCAGGAACACACUGUCCUCUGGGCUGUGGGCCUGUGACGCCUGAGGUUCCAGGCAGUGGAGGUCCUUGGCGAGUGAUGCGCGAGCCCGUUCUGUCGUAGGGAGCUCCCUGGUCCCAUCUGGUGGCGCUCCUCCUCCAUCCAGACUGCGUGGCUCAGGUCCCCCUCGUCACUGGACCCUCCGCCAUGGCCUGGACGCUGCUGCUCAUGUUUAUCGUGGUGCAUCCAGGGUCCUGUGUUCUCUGGGUGUCCCAGCCCCCCGAGAUGCUUACCCAGGAGGGAGCGACUGCCUUCCUGCCCUGCUCCUUCAAUGUCAGCCCAGGGAGCCCGGCCAUUGGCUCUGUCAUAUGGUACCGAGACGCCGUGGCCCCAGGGAAGGAGGUGAGGAACCAGACACCCGAGUUCAGGGGCCGCCUGGUGCCCCUGGCCUCUUCCCGCUUCCUCUGGGACCACCAGGCUGAUCUGCACAUCUGGGACGCCCGAGGCCAGGACGCAGGCACCUACGUGUGCACAGUGGAGGUGCUGGGCCUGGGUUUCGGGACCGGAAACGGGACGCGGCUGGUCGUGGAGAAAGGCACUUCCACGGAGCCGGAGCCGCUUCCUCUCCACUGCCCUGGAGCAAGGCUCUCUCAGCUGGGAGCCAGCACAGCCCUCUUCCUCCGGGCAGCACUCUGUGCCUCGGGCUUUCUCUUUGUGGCCCUGGGAAGCAGCUUCUAUUACCUCGGCAAAUGCCACUGUCAAAGGGGAGCACCCAGCUCCUCCUGGGACCUCCCGUAAGGACCUCUUCACGAAUCUCGAAAAUCCCUCUGGGCCCCACUGACUCCCGCUUCAUGAGUCCUGCGUAUUCUCCAUUCCCGAAUGCCCCAGUACGCCCCUCGGGAGGCCACUCUCAACUCUCCCGUCCACCAAGGCUGACCCGGAAAGGUCUAGGCCCCCAGUGGAGUACGUUUUAAGACAGAGACAACCUGAACAGUGGCUUUUUCCAGGCCCCCAACACAUGAAGAAGAUAAUGUUUUUUAUGGUCCAAAGCUUUUAGAUAAAGAAUCUUCCCACCCACUCCAAAACUACAACAGUUGCUGAACCCACCCAGCACGUGCCCCCUCCAGGAGAGAAACACAUGCAGAACCUCCCCUGAAACAAGCCCCACAAAAGCCCCUCUGACCCAGAUGAAGGCAAACUGCCCCGGCUGCUGUUCGGCAUCCUGUUUUCAGGACCCACUCCUGCUUGGGGCGCUCAGUUCUCCCUCCCCGCUCUUAAUAAACUCUGCCUGCUAUC